AUGUGUUCGAGCGCACCACCACAACCACGGCACCGACACGAAUCUGCCAUCCUCUCCAACACGAAGAUGGCGUUCAUCAGCAAUGUCGCAGUGAAGGCGGCGGCCGUGGCCGCGCUGCUGCUGGUCGCAGCGGUGUCGCCUGCCGCGCGCGCGGCGGCGGUGGCGGUGGCGGGAGGGGCGCCGUCGGUGCCGGCGGGUCCGCUGGACAUCGCGCAGCUGGGCGCCAAGGGCGACGGCAAGUCGGACAGCACCCCGAUGAUCCUCAAGGCGUGGAAGAACGCGUGCGAGGCGACGGGGGUACAGAAGAUCGUCAUCCCGCCGGGCAACUACCUGACGGGCGGGCUGGAGCUGAAGGGCCCCUGCAAGUCCUCCAUCAUCAUCCGUCUCGACGGCAACCUGCUCGGCACCGGCGACCUCAGCGCGUACCAAAGGAACUGGAUCGAGAUCGAGAACGUCGAGAACCUGUCCAUCAACGGCCACGGCACCAUCGACGGGCAGGGAGCCCUGGUGUGGAGCAAGAACCAGUGCCAGCAUUCUUACAAUUGCAAGAUCCUCCCGAAUAGCUUGGUGCUGGAUUUUGUGACGAACGUCCAGAUCCGCGGCAUCACGCUGCUCAACAGCAAGUUCUUCCACCUCAACAUCUUCGAGUGCAAGAACGUGCUGAUCGACAAAGUGACGGUCAAGGCCCCCGGCGACAGCCCCAACACGGACGGCAUCCACAUCGGCGACUCCAGCAACGUGACCAUCAGCAGCACCACCAUCGGCGUCGGCGACGACUGCAUCUCCAUCGGCCCCGGGAGCAAGAUGAUCCGCAUCCAUGGCGUCAAGUGCGGCCCAGGCCACGGCAUCAGCGUCGGCAGCCUGGGGCGCUACAAGGACGAGAAGGACGUGGAAGACGUGCAGGUGACGGGGUGCACGAUCGCCGGCACCACGAACGGCCUGCGCAUCAAGUCGUACGAGGACUCCAAGUCGUCGCUCAAGGCCAGCAAGUUCCUGUACGAGGGCAUCACCAUGGACAAUGUCUCCUACCCCAUCAUCAUCGACCAGAAGUACUGCCCCAACAACAUCUGCGUCAAGUCCGGCGCCUCCAAGGUGGCCGUCAACGACGUCGUCUUCAAGAACAUCCACGGCACCUCCAACACGCCGGAGGCCAUCACGCUCAACUGCGCCAACAACCUGCCAUGCCAGGGCGUGCAGCUCGUCAACGUCGACAUCAAGUACAAUGGAUCCGGCAACAAGACCAUGGCCGUCUGCAAGAACGCCAUCGGCAAGUCCAUCGGCUUGGCAAAGGAGCUCGCCUGCAUCUGAACCAAUUGACUAACAUGCAUAUAUUAUAUAUAUAAUCACUCUUCGUAACCUCUCUCUUUCUCACGUACUCUCAAGUCUCCACCGAAUAUAUAAUCCGCUGGUUUGUAUUUUCUUUCUUCUUUGGAUCAUCACAAAACCAACCGAUGUAAUUAUUAUUAGACCGACGCCUCACAAUCUUGGAACUUAUUCAUUAUGCUAGUGUAUAUCUGUAAUCCCAUUCCAUAAUGUUAAUGUUGAUUUGUGGUCACGUUUCAAUGAGA